UCAUUCCUCCACUGACGCCAUCCAGGAAGAAUCGCUCUCACUUCUGCGAAGUUUGUCAGGUAGCUUAGCUAAUGGAGUCGAUAGCUAAAAGUAAACACAAGUGGCCUUAGAAUGUUAUAACGUCUUACCUACUGAUGUACAUAAGCCCUCUGAGAUGGAUGACAUCAAUUUACACUACAGAUUUCUGAACUGGCGGCGCAGGAUCAGAGAAAUCAGGGAAGUCCGCGCUGUUCGUUAUCAAGAGCGAUCCAAACGAAUGUUGAAGAAUGGAGACACGCUAAGUUACCAAGGAAACUCUGAUGAAGUUGGCUGCUACGUGGCUCCACGCCCCUUAUCAAAAGGAAACUGUUACUUCGAGGUGACCAUUAUGGAUACUGGAGUGAGAGGGACAAUUGCUGUCGGGCUGGUUCCUCAAUAUUACAAACUUGACCAUCAGCCCGGCUGGCUUCCGCACUCAAUUGCUUACCAUGCUGAUGAUGGGAAGCUGUACAACGGCAACUCUGUCGGUCAGCAGUUCGGUCCUAAAUGUAACCGGGGGGACCGAAUCGGUUGCGGAAUCUAUGCAGACACUUUUGAUGCUGGACUGAUCACUGUGUUCUUCACAAAGAAUGGCAAGGAGGUGGGGUCAGUGGUGGUGCCGGUGGCUCCAGAUGGGCUUUUCCCUGCCAUUGGCAUGCACUCCCUCGGCGAAGAGGUACGGUUGGACCUGCAGGCGGAAUGGGGUUCAGAGGAGGAGGACAGCGUCAUGAUGGUGGACAGCCAUGAGGAUGAAUGGGCACGCCUGUAUGAUGUCAGAGUCAGCGGCACGCUUCUGGAAUAUGUUGGGAAAGGGAAGAGCAUCAUGGACGUGGGUCUGGCCCAGGCCCGGCAGCCCCUCACAACACGAAGUCACUACUUUGAAGUGGAGAUUGUGGAUUCUGGAGAGAAGUGCUACAUCGCCCUGGGCCUGGCAAGAAGAGAUUACCCAAAGAACAGGCAUCCGGGCUGGAGUCGAGGCUCUGUUGCAUAUCACGCAGAUGAUGGGAAGAUCUUCCAUGGAAGUGGAGUAGGUGACCAGUUUGGCCCUCGCUGUUUCGAAGGGGACAUCAUGGGCUGUGGAAUUAUGUUUCCUCGCGACUACGUGCUGGACUAUGAAGAUGAAAUUGACGACUGGGAUGCUGCUGAUGUACGACCAAAGCAGGGGCGUGUCGAAAACUUACUGUAUUUGAAUGAUGAAGAUGAGGAAGAGGGAGAUGACCCAGAACAAGAACAUGAGGGCCGGAAAGUUAUGGUGUUCUUCACCCGGAACGGCAAGAUAAUCGGCAGGAGGGAGGUGGUGGUCCCGGUCGGAGGGUUCUACCCCACUAUCGGGAUGCUCAGCAGCGGGGAAAAGGUGAAGGUGGACCUCCAUCCACUCAGCGGAUAAUAAACCAGGAACUUCGCACAUCAGCCAGACUGGCCCACAAAAGAGCUAGAAACUUAUGCUGAGAUUUCUGUUAUUUCUUUAUCUCUGAAGGCACUUCAAAAAAGUUUAACCUGUCUAACACGUUCACUCCAGUGCAUGUCUCACGGUAGAGCAUAUCUACAGCGUUCACCUCGGCUUAAAAACGGUUUACCGUGAAGCCACAAAUGUUUAAUAUUAGGCCUCAAAAGAACUGUUUAAAACGUGACCGAAAUAAUAUUGUACGAAGAUACAUUUAGUUUAUUAAAAAUGCAUAGAAAAUAUGGAAUUCUAUAUUUUUAAUGUACUUGUACAUAUGGAAAUGUAUGUAUUGGCUGCUACAC